AUUCUGGACCGAGCUCAUUAACAUAAACCUGUGAUUAAGGUAAUUGCAAUUAUAUAAAAAACACUGAGCUCUGAACAUGGUACCUGUACGAGUUAUAAUUAACUUACGCGUGUGUGUGUGUGUGUGUGUGUGUGUGUGUGUGUGUGUGUGUGUGUCAGCAUUAUUUGACUACUUUGUGUGUGUUUCCUGGUGCAUGUUAUUUCUGUAUGUAAAUGCCACCACACAGCAGUGUACUAAUGCAGGAAGAGAGAAAAAGAGGAAGACUGGGGGAGAGGGAGAGAGAGAGAGCGGAAGAAAGGAAGUGGGAGAACAGGUGAGAGAGAUGCAGAGAGAAAGAAAGACGGACCCACAGCGAUGAGGGCCGAGUGAUGGAUGGACUGUACAGAGAGAUCAGUUGAUCAGAUUAGCAGACCUGACUCACUGACUCGCAGCAGCUCUCGAACAGCCAUGGAUCGCUCUCCUUACGCCCCUGACAGCCCCACGGAGCCCGCAGCGCCUUCUACAACACCCUGCACCACCACGUCGUGCACCGUGGAGGUCCCUGAAGCCCAGGUAUUCUGUAAUGAUGACCUUCCAGAGCUGGAGUGUGCCGUGUGUUUCAGUCAGUUCAACAACGUCUUCAACACACCCAAAGUGCUGCAAUGUGGCCACACCUUCUGCCUGGAGUGCCUCGCACGCAUCAACAUAAAAUCCUCUCAGCCCGACAGCCUGCAGUGCCCUCUGUGCAGAGCGUACACCCCUCUGCCCACCCUGGGCCUCCCCAAACUGGCGACAGACGGCGUGGUGCUGUCCUGCCUCCCCGAGGCCAUGCAGCAUGUCUACAGCAUCCGCUUCAACCGCAACAGAGGCAAGCUGCAGGUGAAGCGCAUCCCCAGCUCCGUCCAGCCUUCCCCGAACCGUCAGCGCUGCAGCCUGGACCUCGGGGAGCCAGUCAACACUGAGCUGGAACAGGAUCCACCCAGCGGUGUCUGCUCCUGCUUCACCCGGAUCAUGAAGAACCCUGUGUGCAGAGCCUUCUUCAUGGUAUCCAGCAUUAUAUUCAUGGUCUCCCUCACCCUCGCCAUCAUCUUCAUCUUACAACGCAAAUGACAUUGCACUGUGCAGAGCUGCUGGCUUCCUAAUGCAUCUCCGGAAUUCCCUAAAUCAGUGCAGAAGUUCAUUAUUCAGGGAGCAACGGGACACCUUCAGCUCCAUCACUGCAGGAGGAACCGGAUGCUCUGUGAAGAGAGACGAUCGCGUGUUACCUUCUGAUCUUGCUGCUUCAUGUGGAAGUCCUGCUCCUGAAGCCUGUUGUGAUGUUUAUUACUUUUCUCCACCUGCUGGACAGAAGAUCUGACAUAACUUGUUGAUGUGUUUUCUUCUGAAACUGGAACGAACACAGGACAGAAUAAUAAUAAAACUGUAUCAGAACACUACCUGGAGAACUCACUCACACACACACACACACACACACGAGUGAGACUCUCUGCAAUGUCUCUACCCUCAGACACAUUAAACACAACUCGAAUGUAUUUAUAAUUGUGUUUUCCGGUUUCAUCGUUUCUCCCUCACACUUCCACUAUGAGCUGCUAAGCUGCUAACCAUAAACAGAUUCAGUGUUACAGGAACUAGCCUGCUAGCUACAUAGGUAGCCAACAAGAGAAAGCAUUUAGAAUAUUAUGGAGCUAGCUUUGGUUCCUGGUAAUUUUCAGUUGAACUAUAACAUUUUAGCUAAUACUAAAUAUCCAGCUAUCUACCAGCUAGGAUGCUAAUGUUAGCAAACAAAAUGCUAUGGUUUAUGAAGCUCAUGGAGCCGACUAGCUAUCAGGGCUUGUAAUUUAUUUUCAUUUAGCACCAUUGAGCAGUUUCUUGUGUAACACCAGCUAGCUAACAAGCUAAGAUUAGCACGUAAAUCAGAUUAGUACGUGUUACAGUGGUCUGACAGCAUUAUUAGAAACACAAGUAGGAAACUUUGUUUUGGUGACAGAAGCUUCCAGUUGCCCUUUUUAAAAUUAAAAUUAAAAUUAAAAAAAGAAUAAUAUAAAAAAGUUAUUGCAGAUGUUUAUAUUGAAAAAUAAAUAGAGUAUUAAUGAACAGAAAAGUACAGAUUUAGAUUAGUAAAGGUUUUUAUUGAGCAAAAUGAAGUGUUCAUGAGGUAAAUUGCCUGAGGGAAAAACUGGAGAAUGAUCCGGAUGCUGGCAGGAGGAGAAAAGAAAAUCUACACACACUUCAGGUUGACCUCACAGCACUUUGCCUGGGGUUACAGCCGAAAUAAAGGUAGUGUGUGAUGGUUUUCUGACCACCAGGUAGCGCUGUGUGUUUAGAGUAGGUGCAAAGCUGUGAGUUGGAGAUGCUUCAAAAAUGACUGAGUCAUGAUGUAAUGGAGAAAUACUGGAGAGAGAAGCAAAGCAGGAACGCCAGCUGGAAGUGCUUCCUCAAAAACAAGAAAUUUGUGGAAUUAAACAUCUAGGUCUGUACCUGAAAUUCCCACUGAGGGAUUCCUGAGUGUGUGUUACGAGUGUGUGUACAAGUGUGUGUCUCCUGUACGCACUAAACACACUCUCACACACAGGUUUUCAAAACGACCACAGAAUCGCUGCCAAGUCAUGAUGAUAAUCAACAUAUAAUCAAAACCAGGCUGCAGAGAAGCUUCAUAAAAACCCCAUACUGAGUUGAGAAGAAGCCACGAAACAAAGUUCUCCACAAUGUUCCACAAAGUUCUUCAAUAACAUACAUGGAGCAGGCAUUUCACUCAAUGUAGCAUUAUUUCAGCUAAAUAAAUGUUUGAGAUAUUAAGAUGAUUCAGUAUGAUCCAGAUUUUACCUGCAAAAUCUAAACGAAAACUAGUAUCACCUAGCAAACUUUUAUUAAUCUUUAUCUUCACAGGAAAUCUGAAAGCUAAGCUAGCUUUAAACCUAGCUCUAAAUAGCAAACUGAAUGAUAUCUAGCUGUAAAAAAAGCUUUUCCCCUUUAACCAAAAUGAGAACAGGAUUAGCUUAUAGCUUGCUAAUAUUGACCUUUUAUAUGAUAUUUUGUUGCUAGCGGAGAGAUUUAGCGUUGGGUUUAAUGAAUGUGGAUUUUAAUGACCUUUUUGUGUGUUUGUUGUUUUUAUUAUCUUAGCUUCAUCCUAGCCAAGAGUUAUCAUGUACUGUGUGCGUGUGUGUGUGUGUGUGUGUGUGUGUGUGUGUGUUUGUUUGAGACUGUAAUAAAAGUUAACUGGUGAUUAACAACAUUCAUGUUAAAAAAAGAAGGUAAACUGAAGAAACUCAAACAUCUACACCUGUGAUAAUCAUGUGUGUGUAUGAUGAUGUGGUGAUAAAGUGAUGAUGAUGUGUGUGUGAUGUGUAGUGAUGAUGAGCCAUGAGCUGAUUAGAAGUCCUCCAGUAUGUUGGUUUUAUGAGGAAAAUAAACAGUGUAGUG